AUGUCUCCGGAUAAAGAAAUCCGUUCCCUAAAGAAGUUCGCCGCGCAGUACUCUCAACAACUUGACCUGACUCAUCUCGCUCUCCCCAAUGCCUCCACCAUCGUCCAUCCCGACAUCCAAUGCGCCAUCUAUGAGCUGAUGUUCAACGAGGCCGCAGUGUGGCCCCUCCCUCCAGUGGGCUAUCGCACCCGCGUCCUAAAGAAGAUCAUAUCACGGAUUGAAGAGGGGAUCACCGAUCCGGAGGAGGAUGAACUAAAUUCCGACCUCAUCGAAACCUGGACAGAUCUCAUCUCCCUCCCAAAACCCUCUCAAAUCCAGCAAGCCCAACAAUUAACCUACAUCAAAUACACCGCCCCGGCCACCACCACCUCCCAAAAGCCCCAAACAGUGAUCACCUCGGAAUCGCGCGGUCUGAUCUACUCCUCUGGCACCACCGGCUUCCGCACCUGGGAAGCCUCCCUCCACCUCGGAACAUACCUCUCCACACCCACCGGCGCAGCCCAUGUAAUCGGUAGAAGGGUGAUCGAGCUUGGUGCGGGAACAGGAUUCGUGUCAAUGUAUGCGGCGAAGUACCUGCGCCCGCAAUUCGUGCUUGCGACAGAUCGCGAGGGGACGCUGAUUGAAAAUAUGAAGGGCAGCAAGGCGAGGAAUGGGUUAAGCGGAGAGUUUGAGGUCGGAGCUUGGGAAUGGGGAACGCCGUUGGGGUAUCCGACUGAAGAUGAUACCGAGAGUAUAGCGAGGGAGGAUCUGUGUUUUGAUGUUGUGCUCGGUGCGGAUUUGACCUACGACACAGAUUUACUUCCUCUGCUUUUCGCUACGCUUCAUGACCUUUUUGAUAACUACCGGGCCCAAGAAUUCAUUCUCUCGGCUACACUACGGAACCAGAAGACUUUCCAGGCGUUUCUGGACGCUUGUGACAGCAACCGUUUCAAAGCAGUGUGCCUACCAUAUGAGUCGCCCCAGACGGAGAACCAGACCGGCUUCUUUCAUGAGACCGGGAUUCCAAUUCGAACAUAUCGGGUCACGAGGUAG